AUGAACGAGUUGAACAGUGGAAGAGCAAAGCAAAUGCCAUGGAACAAUGUGUACAGUAGUAGUGAGUCUCUUGACAAGGAAGGUCCAUGGAAAAGCUUGGGCUCAUCCAUGAAUGCCAUCUCUUUCGGAUUUGUGGCAACAGCCAUCUUGAUUUCGAUGUUUCUCAUAAUGGCUAUUUUCGAGGUACAGACAUCAUAUGCAUCAGAUUUCUCAGUGGUGAUGCCAGGACAGGAGUAUCCUAGCUUUAUUGCUCAACCUGCUCCUCUGCCAAGGGAAGGAGUGAUUUGGCUCUCCCACUCCCACUCCCACUCUCUCUCUCAUCCCACCAACCAAUAA